GUCCCUUUGCCAACUAGUUCCCACAGAGUGGCAGCAACAUGCCUCUCAGCCCUCCUACCUCUUUACCCCAGGUGGCCCCAAAUCCCCUGUGAAAGGGUUCAGUUCAGGUAUCAGCACAGCCACCUGUAAGACUUGGGAUGGAGUGGAUGAUACGGCAGGAUUAGAUCAAGUGUUUUGAGUGAUCCCCUGUACCUCUGGACUGGACUGCCCCAUCGGGGGCUAGACCAACGCAGAUGUUCAACCUAGGCAUGAACUGGAUUAUCCGAAGCGCUCAGAUUAGUCAAGGCAUCGAACAGGAGACAGCACUGAGCUGUAUACCUGGCAGGAAGUCUGGAGUUUCUGGUUUGGAAGCUAACAGGCGUGAGCUAGGGGAGGGGCCUCCACCCAGGAGGAGGAGGGCAGCUGGGGCAGGGCCCCUGACAGCUACACAAUGCUGCUGCUCAGCCAGAGACAACCCAUAGCUGGAGGAUACCAACAGGCUCCCGAAACUCAGGGAAGUGGGGACAUUUCAGCUUUGAUCACCUGAGACACGGCUUGCUUCAGUUACGUUUGUCCUUCGGAGGCCUCUGCCUAUCCUGCACUCCAGAGAUGGAGUCACUAACAGGAGUAAAGCUGGGCUGCCUGUUUGCCGUGCUCGCUCUCACCCUCGUCUGUGGCCUUGGUCCCAUCUGCUCCAAAUGGUUCAAGGUGGAUGCAGCUACAGGUCACCAUCGGAGAAUCCUCAGUCUCCUGGGCUGUACUUCUGCUGGUGUUUUCCUGGGAGCAGGUCUCAUGCAUAUGACUGCUGAAGCCCUGGAAGGAAUUGAAUCAGAGAUCCAGAAGGUCAUGGGGCAGAAUAGGACAAGAAACAAGGGAAAUUCUUCUAAUGAUGCUGGCUCAGCGUUUGUGGAGUAUCCCUUUGGAGAACUCAUCGUCUCCCUGGGCUUUUUCCUUGUCUUCCUUUUGGAGUCGCUGGCACUGCAGUGCUGUCAGGGGGCUGCUGGACAAUCAACAGUGCAGAAGGAGGAGCAAUGGGGCGGGGGCCCUGUCUUUGAUUUCCACAGCCAUGAGUCUCCGCGCUCACCCAAGCAGAGUCCCUUUCGAGCCUUCGCCCUCUUGCUCUCCCUCUCCUUUCACUCAGUGUUUGAAGGGCUAGCCGUGGGGCUCCAGCCAACCGUAGCAGCUACUAUACAGCUCUGUCUUGCCGUUCUGGCUCAUAAGGGGCUUGUAGUGUUUGGUGUCUCGCUGCGGCUGAUAAAGACAGGCACUGGGUCUCGAUGGGCCAUUGCCUCCAUACUGUCAUUAGCUUUCAUGUCCCCUUUGGGCCUAGCCCUAGGGAUGACCAUAGCUGCAGGGGACCCUGAAGGGUGGAAGGGCUUAGCCCAGGCCAUAUUGGAGGGUCUUGCAGCUGGCACAUUCCUGUAUGUGACUUUUCUAGAAAUCUUGCCCCGGGAGCUAAGUAGCUGUGAGGGCCCUCUGGCUAAAUGGGGCUGUGUAGCUGCUGGCUUCACCUUCAUGGCCUUUAUUGCCUUGUGGGCCUAAGCGAUUCCUGACUUUUCUGGUGGAUCUAUCCACUUGUAAGGAACUCUCUCUACCCACAAGGGACACUUCCCAAGUGGCUUUGGCGCACAGACACUUUUGUACUAAGACAAUGACAUUCAUCAGGCAUCAUGUCCAUGAACUAGACUCCAGCUUUUUCCUACGUGAAAUUCCAUCUCUCACUCAAAUUGAGAAAAGGAUGUGGUUUGAAUACCUGUUAAUUGGAGGACUGACACAAUGACCAGCACUCCAAUUUACCUUUUCCAAUUUGUACCACUAUGUGUAAUAAAGUGCCCAUCUGACCCCUCCCCCCCAGCCAUAUUGUGUUUCAUUUUUCCCUGCUGCCUAGAAGCUGCCUGUAGGAGGUGGUAGAACAGGGAAUGGGAAGGGUGAGUGCUGGUCGCAUUAUCAUCUUCUGGAAUCAGAGCCCCUAUCCAUUUUGUCCAUGCAGGCCCUGCCCCCAGAUAAGAAAGCACUUCUGAAAAGCUUCUGUCUACCUUCUCUGACAGAAGGUGAGAAAAUGAAUCAACCUCUCAGUGUUUAAAGGGAAAGGGCUUUUAACAGAGAGGAGCCUUUUUUUUUCCCUCCACCAAUCCCUUCCGGGCAUUCCCCAGUCCCCCCUCUCUGCAUCCCUGGUGUGCCCAGCAGGCUGCAGGGCACCAGGCUUCCUGGGCUGUUUCUGUUAAACUCCUAUUGUUUUUCACACAGAGCUCCCAGGGGUUCCUGGGAGUAACACUAUUGUUACUCUUGAGCUUGUCUUCUGGCUGCCUUAGACUGAAGGAUUAAAUAACAGUGUUUGGAGCUGGGAAAAGGCCCCAGGUAAACCGGUGGGGUGAAUACUUGGCUCCCGUAGAGCUUUCUUUGUGCCCGCCCUACCAAUUGCCUUCCAGUUUGAGAAAUACUUGCAAUGUGUUGCUUCCCAUAAAAACUGCUAAGGAAAAAUAAUAAUAAUAGUGUUGCUAAGGAUGAACAGAAAAGCAGGUUAACUGGAAUUGAGGACCAAGAUGACUACGGCCCAGCCCACACUGCUUAGAGAUGCAGGACUGUGUCGCAGGGAGUUAGUGGAGACAUAAGGAAAGAGAAGAUACACUCCAGGAGCUCACUCAUCCUCAAAGUUUCCCCCUUCUGCGAUGUUUAGUGUGAACACUCAAAGGAGCUUCACAGAGUCCAUUCUUCCCUUGGUCUGUCUCCUUUUCACCUCGCUUCUCUCCCUCUGAAUUAAAUAUUUGUGCUUCCUUAGAGUCCAGCCUAUACACCUAGGAAUCAGCUUCCAGCAAAAACAGAUACACAACAAUCGACAGAUGGAUAGAUAUACAAAUGUGCCAAACACAGGAAAAUUUUUCUGCAGCAUCGUCUCAUGGUUUUUUCCUAUGUACUGAAUGCAGGAGUAUGUGAUAACUCUGCACCAUGCUAGGUGUGUAAUAAUAUAUCGGAGCUCUACACUGAGUGAGCACCACUCUGUGCCUGACACUGUAUUAUGACUGCUUUUGUGUUCCGUAUCUCAUUUUCACAGCUCUGAUAGGUAAACACUAUUUCUGUAGUAUGCCCAAGGAAACUAGCACUCAAGAAAGCUAAAUAAUUUGAUCACCUAGUACUCUGGUCUUUGAACCCAUGUUUCCAUGAUUCUUAAGUGCUCAAUAUGCAGAUUCUCUUCUCAUUUAGCUUUAACCCUCAUCCCCAUCUCCCAUUCUCUCAUGUUAGGAUCCCAGAAGAAGACAACCAGUAGUGCAUGAGAUAACAGAGGCAAAUCUGGUAAGCAAGAGUGUUUAGUAAGGUAUGUGCACAAGAUUUUGACAAGGAGAGAAAUGAUGACGCAAUACCCCGGGGUCUGAGUGUAAACAACGCUGUUACCUCUACUGAAGAGAAAGGAGAGGUUAUCAGAAACUGAAAUAGCCUUAGUAGAGGAACGUAGCCAGCUACAGGGACUCAACAAGCAGAGCCCAGGAAUAACUUCACUCUCCUGUUCUUUGAUCUACUGCCAGUGUCUUACUGGGAAACCUAAGAAGCCAGGGUACAAAAAGGUCUGUUCCUAUGUUGCAGACAGGCCAGCUUCAUGGGGUGUAACUGUUCUGUGCUUUCAAUUUAAGUGAUCUUGCCAGGACUUUUCCAAGGGUGGAUCAAAAGGAACAUGAUUGUCUGGUGUGGUGGUGCACACCUGUAAUCUCAGCACUUGGAAGGCAGAGGCAGGAGGAUUGUCAUGAGUUCAAAGACAGCCUGGACUUCACAGUGAGUUCAUGCCAUCCUGGGAUACAAAAGCAAAUUCAAGACCAGCCUGCAAUACAUAGUAAAACUCUAUCUCCAAAACAAAGACAGAAAAAGGAAGGAAGGCAGGAAGGAAGGAAAGAAAGAAAAAAAGAAAGAAAGAAGAAAGAAAAGAAAAAAGGAAAAAAGAAAAAAGAACUACAUAGCAAGUCCCUGUCUCAAAAAAGAAAAAAAAAAAAAAAAAAGGAACACGAUCAUAUGAAAGCAGCAGAGCUAUUUCCAGGACAUAACACUAUAGAAAACAGACUUCCAAAGAAGUACUUUCCACUAGCAAGACUUUCCCCCAAGUGUUUCUGGGUCACUAAUGCCAUCAGCAUUUGAAGUAAAUGGGGCGGUGGUUAGGCUAUUUUAAGCCCUGAUGAAUCAUGUACGUCUUGCCUUCUUCAGUGCCAGAAGCCUUGGAUUCAUUCCCUUAAACUCUUCUGCAUUUAGCUGUCAACGCUUUCCUUUCUCCCCAAGCCUGUUUUGUUUCCUUUCCCCCAAAUUCUUAUCAGCUAAGCCCAGAAUCACCUUGAGUUUGCAUCCUGUUGUACCAAGAGCUGGAAUAAAACUAGAGGGUGACUCCAUAUUGAAAGUAUCAGCUGAGAAUACCAGGGAAAGCAAACAAUAUCUUGAACAGUUUCAAAAGACAUGAAUGCCCAAAGAAGGGCUAGAGAGAACCAUAAGGCUACAGAAGGUGAGAGGUGAUCAAAGCAAGAAUGCGGGAGUAAGAAGAGGCCUAAGGGCCACGGACAGGAGGGAGGCUGAGCGCAGUGACCAGCAGCGAGCAGCGGCCUGCAGCAGGAGGUAAGCAGGAUUAUGAGUGUGAACAGAACAGGAGUGAAGAGGUGCAGGAGGGAAGAGAGGUGGGGGGCAGCUAGUUGAGAUAAUCAGGCAAAAAUUUAUGUGGGGCAAUUUUCACAUCUCCAUCACUGUCACCUGUCCCCAUCCAUUGUUUUCUCCUUACACACCUGGAUUUUUUUAUACUCAGGAAGAAACCAGAACUAGCCCUGCAACUGCUUCUUGGGGGUAAGCGUUCCAGUGCUGCCAUGAGUAAUCACUCUGAAGUCAACCUCUGCUCUUAAGCUGAUGGCUUGGCUCGGGUGCUGCAGUUGUAGAAGGACAAUUUAUUAAGAAAGAAAGAUGGGGAAUCACAUCCGAGAGAAAGCACUUUAGGGCAUUUGCAGAAGCAGGGGACAAGGUCUGAAAUCAACAUAGGGGGUUAAAAUACGUCUCAUAAGAUACGGCGACAAAAAACAGCCCCUGUCCUGAGCCCAUCUGUGCUGCUUGGCCCUUCCUAAAGGACAGUUUCAGGGUGGAGGUGGGGGCGCUGUCCCCUAAUCCAGCUGUGAGUUCGAGGCCAGCCUGAGCUACAUAGCAAGACUCUGUCCCAAAAAAAAAAAAAAAGAAAGAAAGAAAGAAAGAAGAAAGAAGAAAGGAAGAAGAGAGGGAAAAAGAAAAGAAAAGAGAGAGAAAAAGGGAGAAGAGGAAGAGAAAGAAGAAGGAAGGGGAAAAGGCAGGUGGGGGUUCUGCCUCCCUGGCAUCCUCACAGCAGGAAAUGGGCCCCUGCGCCAGGCUCCAGCCUGACAGCACAGGACACCAGGACGGGAGUGGGCUGGCAAUCGUGGGUGCACCUGUCACCCAGACCUCACGUCAACACCUAAAUGCGGGGAAGGCGCAAAGGAAAGGCACCCUCGUACCGGUCCAGGGCGAGCUUACACAGACACCAGUCAGAGAUUCAGCUUUUAAAUUGUAAUUGUUUAGAGUUGCUGUCUUUAGAUUUAUUGCGUGUCCAAUACAGAAUGCAUUCUAUUUUUUAUAUGCAUAUCUAAUUCAGGAAAAAUUCUGAUGUUAGUGAAAAAAGUGAGCAUAAAUAAAUGAUUUUGCUCUGGGUACCGCACCUCUGGCCUCUCAUGAGAACUGUCAUUUCCAAAUAACCCAAAGAGCUCUCUAAAAAAGUGGUGUCUCCCACUCCGACAUUUCCCCUUAGGUUACUCUCCAAGGUUUAACAUUACAUUUUUACUGUUGACGUAGGUAGUCAGAUGUUACUUAAUGAAAAACGUUCUAAGAAAUGCAUCAUUAAGUGAUUCUGUCAUUGUGUGAACAUCCUGGAAUGUGUUUACACAAACCGAGAAAGCUGUAAGAUCAUUAGGCAAUAGAAUCUUACGGAAUCUGUCUCCUGUGUGGUCCCAAGUUGAACAAACGCUGUACCGUGGCACAUGAUUCUAUCUUCAGAGACUCGCCCUGGAAAAAUCUCUUUGUGAGACACAGAAUUUUCAAGCUAAAGCACAAAGAUUCUUCAGCCUACUCUAGUUUUAUUUCCUUCCCAUUGAAUAUUCUUUGAACUGUCUUGAGCCUGUCUUGAGCACAUUCCUUCGGCAUGGAGGAACAGAAUAAAUGGGAGUCCUACACCUGAAGCAGACAAAACAGGGGAAGUUUGUGGUUCUGGUGCUAUCAAACCCUGCCACCAGGCUCUGAGCUCUGAUCUUGAGAAUGGAAACAAGCCGUGGGU